UGCAUCUGCUUCAGACCGACUUGCCAGAGAGACGGCGAUUCUGAGCCGGGAGCAGCAGAGCGAACAGAGAGGCUGAGAGCGGCAGGGAGGACACGGCGGCGGAGAGGCUAACGGGACCAGCCGGACAGACGGAGAGUGCGGGAUCCCCGGUGACACGCUUUUGUUGAUUUAGCGACCGCAGACGUCUCGAGUCACAGCCACGGGUACCUCAGAGAGAGCGGCAGUGAGCGGCGAGCAGGCGGUCCAGGUCCCGCGCAUGGCGUCGCGUCCCGCAGAGGGUGCCGGCAGCUUCCACGCUCUGCACGCGCACACCAUGGCCUCCACCAUGGAGGAGUUCCCCCAGCAGCUCCCCGUGCCCAAGGGCCCGGCCCGGGGCCGCAGUCGGGCCCGUUCACGCCGGCCGCGUGAGGCGCGUUUCAAGACGCAGCCGGUCACCUUCGCCGAAAUCGCUGAGGUCGAGGAGGAGGGCGUGUCCCCACUGGAGGAGGAGCGUGCCAAGCGCUCCUUCCUGCAGUCACUGGAGAACCUGCGCAGGAGCACGCAGGCCCUCCACGGCCCCUCCUGCCGCUACACCCUGGCCGCCACGCCUGUGCGGCCCAGCCUGGACUCCAGCGAGCCGGAAUUCGCCCAGUGAGGCCCCCCCCAGCACUGACGUGCCACCCACCGCUUCACACUGAAGCAUGACCAACCGGACUCUCAGUGCGUAGAUGCCACUGGCCCAGUUUCUACCCUCAUAUACAUGAAGUUAUUUGUAUUUGUAGCACUUGACGCGUUUGGCGAUUCCAGUAAUGUACGACUGGCUGGUAAAAUUUAAAGCUGCUUAGCAAAAUAGCAUAUAGCAUGUGACAUGUGACGCCAUGGCGAUGACAGUACCACUUCCAUUGUUUAUAUUUGACUUUCUUUUUUACUGAAUAAAGCCUUGGACCUUGGUGGAUCUAUAUAAGUGUAUUUUAAAGAAGGGUUGGGAUUUUUUUUUUAUUUCUUUAGAAAGAAAAUAUUCACAUUGUGCCUGAAUGUGUUCUGCAUGAUCGGAUCUUUACAAGGUACUUAGAAGCCCAGUUUGAGAUGUUUUGUCAGGUUAUUGACUGUACUUCGGAAUACAUUUAUACGUUGAAGGGAUGCAGACAUGUUGGUUGUGUGACAGGUUGAUCAGAUGGGCUACGUGCAGGAACUGUUUCUCCUGAAAUAAGCCAAACAGCUCAAACUUGUAUAUUCCAGCACAAAGCAGAGUAAUUGAUAUCAAUACCUAUUAUCAAUGUGUAAAAACAAGAUAUUUAUUUGAUGAAUUUUUAUUUUACAUUUUGCCAGCUUUGUUGACAUUGCAUACUUUAACAUGUAAAUUUUUAGUUUUAAAAGAGAAGCCUUUCUACUGAUGAUAUUUUUCUUAAUUACUGUAAUAAAUAUUUGUAAAUAUGA